AACUAAAAGCAAGGGAGGAACUUGUAGACUGCUCACUCACCCCACUUAACCCUCAUUCAAAGUAAAUGAAGGACAGGCUACUUAGGCAGCAGGUAAGAGGCCACUGAACAAAGCAUAGUCACAAACAAAGAAGACCCAACAUUCCAAGGCCCCUUUAAAGGAGAGAUUCAGGAAUGCAAAUCUAGUCAGUCAAGUCACAGAAAGUGAGGGCUGGAAACCAUCCAGUGGCUUAGCUCUCUCCACAAUCCUUAGUGACCUUUAUAGGUGUAGCUCCAGUGGAAUAUUAGCCUUGGAAGUUAGUAUGACGUGGGAGCAUGCUGGAUCAAGUACAUGUUUUGAAUUUUCGGUUUCAAAACGUGUGAAUGCAUCUGUCUACCAGACUAAGGGCCAGGAGAUGCAGGAGUCUGAAGUCCAUGAGAGAGGAAAUGACCCAUGCAAAUGCAGUCACUCCUCUGUUUGCAACUAGAUGGAAACUGUCUCCACUGCCAGUAAAGAUGAUUUCAGGAAAGAUGAUUGAAAAACUUGCUAGUUGCAAUUUUCAUUUUCUUUUUCCCAGAGAGCAGCAGGAGAGACAGUUGACAUUUGAGCUGUGUCUCUGAACUGCCCCUGUCCCUAAUUUGAGUUGAGAGCUCACAGGGAACCACAGACCUGCUCCUUAGCUGGUUUUCUUUUCACAAAAUCUUUCAGCCAUAGAAAAUGAAUAAAAGCAGGGCUCCCCAGCCAGCCCAGCCAGACAUCCCAGCUGCCAGAAUAGGUGCUUGGGAGCGGCUCAGGGGUGCAAAGCACAGCCUUGCUCUGUUGAAGCCAGGUACUGUCCUGGGCAAUUGGCUCCAGGCUCAGCUCAGGAGGCGACCGCCUGGAGUUACAGGCACCUGAGGCAAGGAAUGCCUGAAGGAAAGGGGCCAGGUCCUGCUCACCCCUCAUGAGCUACUUGCCCCUGACAUCCCCGAUGCUCCUGUUGAGCCUGGGUCCUCGGUGAAGCUUCCUCUUUUAGCUGCACCACUGCCAGGUGCCUGUGACCGCCCGGUGGCUGCUUUCCUUUCUGCGCCAUAUAUGGCCUGGCAGGGGUGUCACAUGCAUCCGGGGCCUCCGGCCGGGAGGGGUCGCUGGGGAAGGGGCAGAUGGCGGGAGAAAAGGGAAGGGGGUCGGAGGCAGAGACAGGAGAGGGGUGGGGUGAUUCUGGGGCCAUGGGAGGCAGCAAAGGCUCUAGGAGCUGAUCGCUCGCCACUGUGCCAUGGAGCUGCACUCAUGCGGCUGCGGAGGUGGUGGUGGAGGAAGGGACCCGCGCGGGGGGCGGGGGGGGGGUGGCGAAGGCGUCGGAAGCCAGAGAGCGCCGUGUCCCUGCGCUCCGUCGGUCAGCGGGCGCGGGCUGGCAGGAUGGAGCCGCAGCAAGUGCGCCCCGUGCUUGGAUCCCAGAGCCCAGCCUGGGAGGAACCGAAAAUCUUCAGUACUCGUCUCGCAACAUGAACGUUUAAAGCUAAAACCUUCACAGAGAUGUGAGAUGGAGCAGGAGCAGUGGCUAAAUGUUGAACUCUUCAAAACUUGGCGUAUGGGCUGCUGGUGUAUCACCAUCAUCCCCAACACUCCAGUUCAGACGAUGGGUGAGGAAAGUGGAAAGUCUAACCAGUCAGCCGAUGACCAGUGGGAAAAAUGAGCUACAAGAUCACCUGAUCUUCAUCAGUGAGAAAGCUUUGCACAAGAGGAAUGUUUUCCUGGCUGCUCAGGCUAUUUCAGAAAGAGAAUGGCGAUGAAGGAGAGACCAGACCAAAAAUGAAGGAAGAGGGAAUCCUUUCUCAUGAAAAAGGAAGAAGGAAAUGGUUAUGGAGAAGGCACAGGUCUGCUAGAAAUACUUCAACCAAAAAUUCCAAAAUGACUAAGCAGAGAUCAAAAAUAAAUGAACUAGAAGAACUGAAAUUGGAUAUGAGGAAGAUCAGCAAUGACAUGGAGGAAAUGUGUGGAAUCCUGAACCUUUACAUGUAUGAGGAUUUGAACUACAGGCCAUGCCACAGGAUGAACACUGAAUUCAACAUCAUUAAAUCACAACAUGAGAAGACAAUGUUGGAUAUGAAUAAAAUGAUCCAGUCCAUAAUUGGUUCCAUGCAGUACUCCAAGGAACUGAUAGAAGAUAACUAUUCCUACAGCAUUAAGGAGGACCACCUCCUCCGUGAGUGCACUCAACUCAACGAAAACGUAAGGAUAUUACUGAAUGAGAACAGAAGGCUGCUGGUGGAGCAGGCUGGCCAUAAGUGUCCUGUGGGGAAGAAAAGAGGUUCUCUGAGGAGGCCAGCAAGAACAUCUGUGUCCCAAGUGCCAAGGAACAGCAGCUAAGUGUGAAAUAGUCCAGCUGAAAGCAGAACAUGGCACAGACCAGGACAUGAUCUCCCUCAAAGAGAAGUGCUGGAGGAAGAGCACUGAGUGUGCACAGGAAAUACACCACUGUUGCCUCUCAUCCCUAAUAACCAUGGCUGUAAUGGGCUGUAUGCUCCUCCUUUAUUUUGUUUCUUUGGUAUGAACAGGCCUUAAUUUCAUCUAGCCUCUGGCCCAGGAAGAGUGCACAUUUAAAGGGACUCAGAGAAAUGCUGAGACACAUCAAGAGCUGCUGGGCAUCCAGGAAGAAUCUGAGUGCAAAUUUAUCUUUUCCUGAUGGGUCGUCAUCAUCAAUAAUUACAUGGAGAUCAGUCAACAAAAUUGUAAAAACUUGGAUCCAAGUUUACAACAUGUGUUCUGCUUUGACUUGGGAGGCCAUAUCCUUCAGACCCACACUCCAAAAGGAGAGUGUUGCUUAAAUUUCUCCUGCAAAGAUUGCUACCUCCAGGAACUGCUUUUCUACUAAGUUGCCAAGGACAUCCUCAGGCUGUAAGGCUGUGCUACAAAAUGAGCAGACUAAGAAUUUUGCUGUGCACAAUUUUUGUGGUUUGAUUUUGGUUUGAGUUUUGAUUAGUUUAGUUAUUUGGUUUUUCUUGUUUUCAUUCAAAGUUUUGUUAUUUAUUGGUUAUUUAUUGUUCUUUUAAGUAAUUUGAUAUUUUGAUAAGGUUAUACACAGUACAUAUUGACUGUCAGCUUUUAGUUACAAUUGAGUACAUUGCAUUUAUUCUUAUGACUAACACAGUGAUUUCCAACUCUUCACUCUAAGAGCCUUGUUAUUUCAGGUGUGAUCAUGAAAGCCCACAGAUAUCAGACCCAGAUGGAUCUCUGCACUCUUCAUGGGACUUGGGCUCCAUAGUUUCUUCUGAGCCAGACUGAACUACAAAGUCCUUCAUACAUUCAGUAUGGAGAGUGUGUCCAACUCUCUGGAUAGGAACUUAAUGAUGGAAAACUUACCCAUGCUGCAUCGUUGUUGUCAAAUAUUUAGCUACUGUGAAAAUACUGUGGAUGAUGGUGUUGAACGCAUUAAUGGCAAAUACAUCAGUGUUUCUGUAAUAGCUCUCAUUAAAUCAAAGCAUAGUCUAAGGGAAUAAAAAGCUGUCAGAAAACACAGCAGUGUAUGCUUCUGCUUUCCUUCAAAUAUACAUUCACUGGAAACUGCAAGUAGAGAUAAUAAAUUCCACAAUCUUUUGGGGGAUAGGUUUCUGUGGGGGUCCUUCAAUGUUCAUUUUAUUACUUUAUGAUUCACCUGUGUCUGCCAAAAA